UGCCGCGACGCCGCCAUGGGGCAGUGCUUCCGCGGGGCGAGCUGCGCGUAUGUCCACGGAGAGGUCUGCGACCUGUGUGGGCGGCAGGUCUUGCACCCGGGGGAUGCUGCCCAGAGGGCAGAGCACAGACGCGCCUGCGUGGAGACCCACGAGCAGGACAUGCGGUUCUCGUUCGCCGUGCAGCGCAGCCUGGAGAAAGUGUGCGGCAUCUGCAUGGAGGUGGUGUCUGAGAAAGCCAACCUCAGCGACCGCCGCUUCGGCAUCCUGUCCAACUGCAACCACGCCUACUGCCUUAAGUGCAUCCGCACGUGGAGGUCGGCCCGAGAGUUUAGGAGCAGGGUGGUCAAAUCCUGCCCGCAGUGCAGGGUCUCCUCCCGCCUGGUCAUCCCCAGCGAGCUCUGGGUGGAGGAGGCGGAGGAGAAGGAGAAGCUUGUGGAGCAGUACAAGGAGGCGAUGAAAACCAAGACCUGCAGGUAUUUUGCGCUAGUCAGGGACUGCUGCCCGUUUGGAGAGGACUGUUUUUACAAGCAUGCAGACCCCGAGGGCCAGGGAGAGGAGGAGCCUGAGAGGCAGGGUGCUGGGGCAUCCAGCAGACAACCUUUGGAGCCUGAGCAGGUGGGAGAGGGCAGCAUGCUUUUUCAAAGCCGUAACAAAGAGCUUGUCACGCUUUGGCUGGCCAGUCUGUUGUGGUGUCAGUGUUUUCUUUCACCGGGAGGCAGUGAGCUCCGUCUGUCGGAGGACCGGCUUCUGCUCUCAAAGUGA